CGAGGCCACACGGGAGGGAAAUUCAUCACGGGACAGUCAGCCAAAGUUCUCAUGAAGCUGACAAGCAGCUGCAAUGCCUCAAAAACACUAAAUGCCAGUAAUAUGGAGACAUUAAUUGAAUGUCAGUCAGAGGGUGAUAUCAAGGAGCAUCCUCUGUUGGCAUCAUGUGAGAGUGAAGACAGUAUUUGCCAGCUAAUUGAAAGUAAGAAGAGAAAGAAGGUGCUGUCCUGGCCCUUUCUCAUGAGAAGGCUUUCUCCUUCAUCAGAUUUUUCUGGGGCCUCAGAGCCCGAAUUGAAAGUGUCGUUGUUUGAUCAGCCCCUGUCAAUCAUCUGUGGUGACGGUGACACACUCCCCGGACCCAUCCAGGAUAUUCUCACUAUUCUGUGCCUUAAAGGCCCUUUCACUGAAGGGAUAUUCAGGAAAGCAGCCAAUGAGAAAGCUCGCAAAGAGCUCAAGGAGGAGCUCAACUGCGGAGGGACCGUGAAUCUGAAAAAUCUCCCUGUGCACCUCCUGGCGGUGGUCUUUAAGGACUUCCUCAGAAGCAUCCCACGGAAGCUGCUUUCCUGCGACCUGUUUGAGGAGUGGAUGGAGGCUCUGGAGAGGCGGAGUGAAGAGGACAGGAUCGAGGCCCUGAGGCAGGUUGCGGAGAAGCUGCCGCGGCCCAACCUCCUGCUGCUCAAGCACCUGGCGUCCGUGCUCUACCUGAUCAGCAGGAACGCGGAGGUCAGCAGGAUGGACGCCAGCAACCUCGCCAUCUGCGUGGGGCCCAACAUGCUGACGCGCGAGGACGACCAGGACCUGUCACUGGAAGCCCAGAAGGACUUGAACAAUAAGGUUAAGACUCUGGUGGAAUUCCUCAUUGAUAACUGUUUGGAAAUAUUUGGGGAGAACAUUCCGGCGCAUUCCAGCACCGCUUCGGAUGAGUCCCUGGAGCACACUGACAGUUCAGACGCAUCGACCCUGCAGAAUGACUCGGCCUAUGACAGCAAUGACCCUGACGUGGACUCCAGCAGCGCCCUCAGCUCCCCAGGCAGGCUGCCCCAGGGGCCCGAGCACCCAGGCCGGGAGCCCCUGGUGAGCACGGUGGCCCGGCUGAAGAGCUGCCUCGGGGACCCCGACAGGCGGUACUCAGAGCCCGGCGUGUCAUCCUCCCUGGAGGGCCCCAGGCACCGGAAAACUAACCAGAAAGUAACGCGCAGCGAGGACGGCUCCCCCGGGGCCCCGGCCGCCUCUCACUCUGAGGGGGAGGAAGCUGAGGACCCGUUUCCCGAGGAGGUGUUUCCUGCAGGUGAUGGCAGAAACCAGAGGCCGCAGGACCUGAAGGCCCAGGGCCCAGCGUGGGGACCGGCGCCCAAGGCCUGCUCCCGUGGCUCCCUGGACGCCGCCUCUGACGGCUCGCCCGUGGCCUCCCCCUCCAGCCCCAAGAGAAACUUUUUCACCAGACACCAGUCUUUUACCAGGAUGGAUAAAAGUAAGCCCAGCAGAGACAUGAGGAAACACUCCAUGUCGUUCUCCUUCGCAUCUCCCAGAAAGGUGCUGACCAAGACCCCCAGCCUGGUGUCCAUGAGACCCAGAGGCUUCGCCAGAGACCAAGCAAGGAAAGAGUUGAAAAAGGACAGCCAGCUGGCCGGGCGAAUCGUCCAGGAGAGCCUGUCCGAGGCCCACGGCCAGGCACCUCUAGACUGUGGCUCCGGGUCCUGCGCCCUGUCGGUUGAGGACGUGUUCCACCUGGUGGACCAGAGAAGCCCCGGGAGCCCGCCAUCCUACGAAGAAGCCGUGCGGUGCCAGGUCCCGGAGCUCGCUGCCCGCGGCAGCCAAACCGUCGGCAGCAUGCGGGCCAGGAUGCUCAGCCUGGACACAGGGCUAGCGCCUCGCCCUCCGGUUCACUACGGAGGGGACCCAAGAAAUGCGUGCAGCCAGGAGCUGCUCGACGGGCACAGACCCCCUCCCAGGACUGAGAGUUGGAGACAGAGCAGGACUGUCUGUGCUUCUGUGGAAACGAUUGGGCAGGUGACUGUCAUGGGGAGACCCGAGCUGCACCGGCUCAGAACUGUGUCCGAGUCCACGCGGAAGAGUAAGUGGGACUGCCUGGCGCGGCGCUGCAGCCAGCCGCUCUUCGAGGCUGACCAGCUCCAGUAUGCCAAGGAGUCCUACAUCUAGGAAGGCAGGAGGUGCCGCGCGGCUCGCGGGGCUCUGCAGCGCGUGGCUGCCUGACAGCUGCCUUCAGACUGUUUCAAAAAGUCAAGAAUAAGCUCCUUUCGAGAGGCUGUGUGGGGCCCUCCAUGGAGGGGACAGCUGCACGGUGGCCCUCGAGUGCUGUGUGUGUACCUGGAUGUGCACACACACAGCAAGUGUAUAAAGUGUGUUCCAGACAGGGCGUCUGUGCGAGAUGUCUGUAUAAAUGUGUGUAGAUGUUUGUUUGUGAACUUGGGAUAAACCACAUUGCUCCUCUCUGCCUCCCAGGGCACUUUUCCACCCUCCAGUGUUUUAAAAUAAUGUUUCCCAUUUCUUAUGUUGCCUCGAAUGUCUUGCCCAUGUUCAUAUUUCCACAAGCUCUGUCCAAGGGAAAACGUUUAAAGCUCUGUCGGAAGUCCCCGAGCAGCAGCGGCUAACUAAUCCCGCAUUAGGGAGAGAAGCAGACUGCAAGCAGCAGAGCCCGUGUGGGCCUUGUCGGGGCAUCACGGACGCCAGGAAGAGAAAAGGCCAGUGUGAAAAUGUGGGCCGGUACGUCCUCUGUCCUUCUAGCCGUCUGAUUUUUAAUUGGGGAGAUUAGUGGAAAUGCAUUACUUCCAUGUUAACAGAUUUAUAGCACUUUGAGUUUCCUUAUACAGUAGUUUGGGGAUGUCUUCCCAGUGGAGGCUGUUACUUUAUAUGUGUUGGUGUCGUAUGUAAAACUUCAGUAUAAUCUCACUACAAUAAAUUGCCUGCCUUUUUCCAAGUAAAAACA